UCUGGGUCUCGCGGCAGUACUCAGAUUUGUUACUUGUUGUCGCAAAGCUUCCCCGCCUUCAUUUAUACGUUCCACAGCGUGGAGAGGCGAAGCAUCACCAUGCCUGAGAAGAUCCUCGACGACAUCUCCCACAGACGGUACAACCCGUUGAAGGGCACAUGGCUACUGGUGUCCCCUCACCGAACCAAGCGUCCCUGGCAAGCGGCUGGUGACUCCAACCCCGACUACAAGAACACCUUCGUCUUUGUCAACGACUACAGCGCCGUCAAGGAGGAGCAGGCUGAGUACCACCCAGAGACAGAAAGCGAUGACCUCGCCUCGUCCCUGUUGCGUGCGGAAGCGGCCACGGGCAAAUGCUACGUGCUCACCUUCUCCGAGAAGCACCACGUCACGCUCGCCGACAUGACGACCGCAGAGAUUGCCCCCGUCAUCGACGUCUGGACGCAAAUCUACGCCUCUCACCUCUCUCCCUCCAACCCGCUGUCCAAGGUCGCCGCCGCCCUCGAGCUGCCCCCCGCGACGCCCGCGAGCACCGUGCCCCAACCCAAGCACCACCUGCGCUACAUGCAAAUCUUUGAGAACAAGGGCGCCGCUAUGGGCUGCUCGAACCCGCACCCGCAUUGCCAGAUCUGGACGACGUCGACCAUGCCUGAGGAGCCGGGUACCGAGCUGGUGCAGAUGGGUAAGUACCGUGAUCAGCACGCUGGAAGGCAUCUAUUGGCGGACUACGUCAAGGUCGAGAUUGAGAAGAAGGAGCGCACGGUGUUUGAGAAUGAGCACUUCCUCGUCGUUGUUCCCUGGUGGGGUGUCUGGCCUUUUGAGGUCUUGAUUCUUCCCAAGAGACACGUUCGCGCGCUGGUCGACCUGUCCGCCGAGGAGAGGUUGCAGUUUGCCGAGGCCAUUCAGGAGGUUUCCAGGAGAUACGACAACCUCUUUGAGACACACUUCCCUUACAGCUCUGGGAUCCACCAAGCACCUCUCGAUGCCACCGAAGAAGAGGCCGAGAACAGCUACCUCCACAUGCACUUUUACCCCCCUCUGCUUCGAUCAGCCACCGUCCGCAAGUUCCUUGUCGGGUACGAGCUGAUGGCUGAGCCUCAGCGUGACAUCACACCGGAGCAGGCCGCCGCUCGACUUAGGGGCACCGGCGGUGAGCUGUACCGCAAGACCAUUUAG